AUGGCGCUGUCGCUGGGCGAAGGCGGCGGGAGCCGGCUGCGGCGGCAGCUGGAGUCGGGGGGCUUCGCGGCGGGGGAGUACGUGAAGCAGCUGUCGCAGCAGUCGGACGGGGACCGGGACCUGCAGGAGCACCGGCAGCGCAUCCAGGCGCUGAGCGAGGAGACGGCCCAGAGCCUGAAGCGCAACGUCUACCAGAACUACCGGCAGUUCAUCGAGACGGCGCGGGAGAUCAGCUACCUGGAGAGCGAGAUGUACCAGCUCAGCCACAUCCUCACCGAGCAGAAGGGCAUCAUGGAGGCCGUCACCCAGGCCCUGCUCCUCCAGGCCGACCGCGACGACCCCGCCCUGGGCGCCCGCCGCGCCGCCGCCGCCGCCGACCCCUUCCUGCCGCUGUCGGCCAAGGAGGCAGCGGCCAGCGAGGAGGGGCGGCAGCGCACGCUCACCACCCUCCUGGAGAAGGUGGAGGGCUGCCGUGACCUCCUGCCCGAGAGCCCCGGCAAGUACCUGGUCUACAACGGCGACCUGGUGGAGUACGAUGCUGACCACAUGGCGCAGAUCCAGCGGGUGCACGCCUUCCUCAUGAACGACUGCCUGCUCGUGGCCACCGCCCUGCCCAACCGCCGCGGCGCCUACCGCUACGAUGCCCUCUACCCCCUCGAUGGGCUGGCUGUGGUCAACGUCAAGGACAACCCACCCAUGAAGGACAUGUUCAAGCUGCUCAUGUUCCCCGAGAGCCGCAUCUUCCAGGCUGAGAACGCCAAGAUCAAGAAGGAGUGGCUGGAGGUGCUGGAGGAGACCAAGCGCAACCGGGCCCUCAGCGAGAAGCGACGCCUGGAGCAGGAGGCCCUGCCCCGGCCUGCCCCGACGCCCCUCGAAUCCACCAACCCCUUCGAGGAGGAUGAGGAGGAGGAGGAGGAGGAAGACCCCUCUGCUGAGGAGGAGGUGGUCGACCUCUCACUCGAGUGGAUCCAGGAGCUGCCUGAGGACCUGGACGUCUGCAUCGCUCAGCGGGACUUCGAGGGGGCGGUGGACCUCUUGGAUAAACUCAACGAGUACCUGGGGGACAAGCCUGUGAGCCAGCCCGUGAAGGAGCUGCGGGCCAAGGUGGAUGAGCGGGUCCGGCAGCUUACAGACGUGCUGGUGUUUGAGCUGUCUCCAGACCGCUCGCUGCGGGGAGGGCCGCGGGCCACCCGCCGAGCUGUGUCCCAGCUCAUUCGCUUGGGCCAGUCCACCAAGGCGUGUGAGCUCUUCCUGAAGAACCGGGCGGCCGCGGUGCAGACGGCCAUCCGACAGCUGCGCAUCGAGGGCGCCACGCUGCUCUACAUCCACAAGCUCUGCCACGUCUUCUUCACCAGCCUUCUAGAGACGGCGAGAGAGUUUGAGACGGACUUUGCUGGCAACAACGGCUGCUACUCGGCCUUUGUUGUCUGGGCCCGCUCGUCCAUGAGGAUGUUUGUAGAUGCUUUCAGUAAGCAAGUAUUUGAUAGUAAAGAGAGCUUGUCAACUGCGGCAGAGUGCGUCAAGGUAGCUAAAGAGCACUGCAAGCAGCUUAGCGAGAUUGGACUGGAUCUCACCUUCAUCAUUCAUGCCCUUCUGGUAAAGGAUAUCAAAGGUGCUUUACAGAGCUACAAGGAUAUCAUCAUUGAGGCCACCAAACACCGCAACUCUGAGGAGAUGUGGAGAAAGAUGAACCUAAUGACUCCAGAGGCCCUGCGGAAACUCAGGGAGGAGAUGAGGAGCUGCGGGGUAGGCAAUUUUGACCAAUACACGGGUGAUGACUGCUGGGUCAACCUUAGCUAUACUGUAGUAGCUUUCACUAAGCAGACUAUGGCCUUCUUGGAGGAAGCGUUAAAGCUUUACUUUCCAGAGCUGCAUAUGGUUCUUUUGGAGAGUCUUGUGGAAAUCAUCCUGGUGGCUGUCCAGCAUGUUGAUUACAGUUUACGGUGUGAACAGGACCCUGAGAAAAAAGCAUUCAUUAGGCAGAAUGCAUCCUUCCUGUAUGAAACUGUCCUUCCUGUUGUGGAAAAAAGAUUUGAGGAAGGAGUUGGAAAGCCAGCCAAGCAGCUACAGGAUCUGAGAAAUGCUUCACGAUUGAUGCGUGUAAAUCCGGAAAGUACCACCUCUGUGGUGUGAAGUGACCUAACAGUUCUUAUGAACAGAGUGUGAAAGCACUUACUGAAAAUUGUAGAAAAAUUGUACAUUGAAUAUGUGAACUAAAUGGUUUUUUUGAGUCCCUGAAAAAUGCAGAAGCCUAACUGCUGCAUUCCAGAAGCUGAAGACUUACAAUCAAAGCCUGCAAAGAUGCAAUGCUUUUCUUGGUGGAUGGGGGGUAGGAGAGUGAGAAGUAAGGUCGAGGUCACAUGUGCUUGGACAGCAUAUCCUAUAAGAAUGGCUUGUGUAGUGUUUGUGACUUGGGAAAUACUAUAAUAUACAAUUUUUGGCCAAAUGUUUGUGAAAGUCUUAAAUAUACGUAUACCAUAUGGCAGGAAAAGAUCACUUCUCAUCACGUCACUGUAGGAAUUCUUUUUUAAGGCAGCAUUUUGGUAGGAGGGGAAGUGCUGAAACACUCCCAGGGUGUGGUAUUCGGUGAGGCACAUCCACCAUCCAGAUGUGACUCAGCACUGCAGAUAAACAACGUGGAUUUGCACAGUCUGAUUUGUUUGGUAGCAAUGCAGACUCUUCAGUUUCUCCAACGUUCAAAUUCUCUUCAUUCAUUUCAGAGGCAGAUAUAAAUUAAAAAUGGUUUUGGUAUAGGUUUUUGUGUUUGGGUGAAGCGGCUUCUUCUAUUUAAUAAGCUGGCCUGUCAGCUUAAAUUACAGCUCUUGGAAAACAAACCUUCUGCUGUCAGAAACAUUUGUUCCCUUCACAGAAGAAGUGAGAAUAACUUUCUUCCCUUCCCCUUUGUGUUCUCCUUCCUUGUUUUCUCAUGGACUUCAUUGGGGUCAAGUCUAUUUGAUGAAGUGUGCCCUCUUGCUUGAGGUGCUGUCAUAAAUGCAUUACGGGCCAUUACCUACUGGUAGAAACCGUAGUGAAGAGGCAUAAAUGCUCUUGAGAUGUGCAGGGCAGGGAGAGGGUCUGAACAUACUGCUUCAUUUGGAAGAAACAGAAUGCUAGUUUUGCUGUGCAGAAGCAGCACGGGAUGAAGAGACUGGGUGUGAGGCUUUUUGUAAAUGAUGUGAUCUUCAAAAUACACACUCUGUCUCUCCUGCAAAUAUUAGUAUCAUUUCCUGUAAUACAGCAAUAACCAAGAAGAACUAUCUUUUUUGCAGAAAACACAAGGACUGUAUUUGGUUGCGAACUCUAAUGUAGAUGGGGGAAGUUUAUGCAAAUGCAUGUAUGUUUGGAUUGAAUGGUGAUGGCUAUCUCAUUCAGUAUAUGUCUCUGGAAAUAAAAUAAGUCCAGUCUUGUGUAAAGGCUGGCUUUAGAAAGCUGUCAGCAUCAUCUUCUAAGCUGUGUAAGCUUCCCCUUUAGCGCAGACUUUCUUAGUUGUGAGAAAAUCAUGUUACAGCUAAGUAACCUUGUAUUAGACCCUCAAUAAGUGUUCUUGACUGGAAUAAUUGAGUAUCCUGUUCCUCUUGCACUUUCACGUGAAAGCUUUUGCAAUUUGUAUCAUGGUAAUGAAUGCCUUGUGACUGCCUGAACAAACAAAAGAUACCGCUAGUAAAACAUCCUGUGUAACUGCUUGUACUGGAACUUCUUCAUUUCUCCCUAUUUUCACAGUGCUAGUUCAAUGCAGUUUUCACUUUAGUGGCUGGUUUUCGUUCUCUUGCUCUUUGGAUGCCUUUUGAACUGUCGGAUUUUGCAAAGCAUCCUGCUGUCUCUGCUCACUUGCUUUCCAGUGUUCGGGCCUUUUGCUAGCAAAUCACAGAAAAAAAACGUACAAAAUGGUUUUAAAGGGUAACUCAUUGCUCUUAGCUAAAACUGGUUGAAAACCACUGAAAUAGCUAUAGUUUUAUUUUAAGGUACAGGGACGGUAAGAGUUAGAACUUGUGUGAACAUGUUAUGUCUGAGAGAGAGCCACACAGGCGUUAUUUCACUAGUGAACUAUUUUUGAUACCAGAACCUAGUGAAGUAUAUCAAAGUAAUGUAUUCUCUGUCGUCUGUUUGAAGUGGGCGAAGGUAGCAACCUGGCCUUACUUAAUCUGAGAAACACUUUCAAGUGGAUUGUAAGUGAGAGCUCUCCAUGAUGACGGGUAUUUUGGAGGAGAGGGAGAAGGGAGGGCUUUUCUCUCAAGACAGGUAUAUUUUAUUGUUUUCUUUACAACAGAAGAAAGCAGAAUAAAUACAGAUGAGCCUUAUGUAAUAUUGUUGGGUUUUUUUCUGUGCAAGAGAAGGGUAAGCUGUGGAACUGCAGCUCAAGACUCUGAUUAUUGUGAUGCUUGAGGAUUUUGUGUAAGAAGCUGAAUUGUGGUUUCCCGAUUCCCAGCUCUGGCAUAAGAUUGAAUAGGAGGAGAGCCCUAUUCAUGCUUCUACUGCAAGCUGGUGUAGCACAUCUUCAUCCUCAUCAGAGGAUGAAAUGUAGAAUGUAAUUCUGCCAUGUGCUCUGUUAUGCCCUUGUCACCACUCCCUUCAUCAAUCUGUUUGCGGCAUGCAGGGCCUACUGAUCUUGUCUCUGCCGUCAUCCAUGGAGCAGUGGGCUUACGUGGAUGUUGGUUUUAAUGGAUCAGGGAAUCUGGCCUUUCGUUUGGGUGAUCAAAUAUCAUGUUCGUGUGCCUGUCACAAUUCAAACACACAUGUGGAUUUGUAUAAACUGCUGUAGGUAGCAUUGAUAUUUUGUAACUUGUGAAUCUAUUCAAGUAAUAAUAAAAGAAAAACUAACUUAAGGAAAAUGGUGUGCAAUUAAACACGCUUUGUAUGUUAAUUCAGUUAACAGAAAAAGUCAACAUAUGCUGAGAGUCAUGGUUUAAUAAAUUUCUGAUUUGCAGACGGUAGUUUGGAAUGGCACUUUUCUUUUCCUGAGCUGUACACUUGUGGGGAUAGUGUUGUUCAAGUUGGGAUUUGCAGUAACUACUGAAUAAUACAAUAGCAGUUUUGUUGAUUUGGGGAAGAACUAGUCAUAUUUUUUUUGUUUUGAGACAAUUGCAUAUAAAAUCUGGUUUCCUUUAGCUGCUAUGACAAAAUUGUGAUGUGUAAAAAUGAAGAUUUUUCUUUUUUAAUUCAGAUGAAUUUAUGUAUUGGAAUUUAAUGCAAUAACUUUUCUGAACAGUGAGGACCAUGUAUUAAAACUUUUGGACAUACAACA